AUGACUGCCAAGAGCCUCUUGGUCGCUGCCACGGCGCUCUCGGGCGUCUCGGCCUUGCAGAUUCCUCUCAAUGUCCAGCUCCCGUGGAGCUCCUGGUCGCCUAGCUCGGGACCCAGCAGCGAUGACCUCACCGGUCUGCCCUUGAUCGAUACCAAGGAAUUGCAGAGCAGCAUCAAGGCCGGGAACCUCGAGACGAGGGCCAAGGAGCUUUACGAGAUUGCAAAGAAUGGAGAGGAGGAGUAUGGACAUCCUACUCGUGUCAUUGGUAGUGAAGGCCACCUCGGCACAUUGUCCUACAUCCACGCUGAGCUGGCCAAGCUGGGCGGCUACUAUUCCGUCUCUAACCAGCAGUUCCCCGCCGUGUCGGGCAACGUUUUCGAGUCUCGCCUCGUCCUCGGCAACUCGGUGCCUAAGGACGCGUCGCCCAUGGGUCUGACUCCUCCCACCAAGAACAAGCAGCCCGUCUACGGAGACCUCGUCCUCGUCAAGAACGAGGGCUGCAGCGAGUCCGACUACCCCGAGUCCCUCAAGGGCAACAUUGCUCUCAUUUUGCGAGGAACCUGCCCCUUUGGUACCAAGUCGGAGAAUGCUGGCAAGGCUGGUGCUGUCGCCGCUGUGGUGUACAACUAUGAGAAGGAGGAGGUUCAUGGAACUCUGGGAACUCCUUCUCCUAACCAUGUCGCUACUUUCGGCCUCGGUGGCGAGGAGGGCCAGGCCAUCGCUAAGAAGCUCAAGGAUGGCGAGAAGAUUGAUGCUAUUGCGUACAUUGACGCCGAGGUCAAGACCAUCUCUACCACCAACAUUAUUGCCCAGACCCGUCACGGUGACCCCGAGAACUGUGUGAUGCUCGGUGGUCACAGUGACAGUGUCGCUGAGGGUCCUGGUAUCAACGACGAUGGCUCCGGCAGUAUCUCCGUCCUUGAAGUCGCCACCCAGCUCUCCAAGUUCCGCGUCAACAACUGCGUGCGCUUCGCCUGGUGGGCCGCUGAAGAGGAGGGCCUCCUUGGUUCGGACCACUACGUUGCCGUGCUGCCCGAGGAGGAGAACCGCAAGAUUCGCCUCUUCAUGGACUACGACAUGAUGGGCAGCCCCAACUUUGCCUACCAGAUCUACAACGCUACCAACUCUGAGAACCCCGCCGGCUCUGAGGAGCUGCGCAACCUGUACGUCGACUGGUACGAGGAGCAGGGUCUCAACUACACCUUCAUCCCCUUUGACGGUCGCAGCGACUAUGAUGGAUUCAUCCGUGGUGGUAUCCCCGCUGGUGGUAUCGCUACUGGUGCCGAGGGCGUCAAGACCAAGGAGGAGGCAGAGCAGUUUGGUGGUAUCGCAGGCCAGUGGUAUGAUCCUUGCUACCACCAGCUGUGUGACGACCUUGGUAACGUCAACUACACUGCUUGGGAGGUCAACACAAAGCUCAUUGCCCACUCGGUGGCCACGUACGCUCUCUCGUUCAAGGACUUCCCUGAGCGUACAACCGAGGUUUCUGUCCAGGCCUACGCUGACAAGGUCAAGAUGCACGGAAACAAGUACAUCAUUUAA